UUGUGACGUGUGGGGACUGCGGUGGGCUCCGCUGCUGCGGCAGCCGCAGCGCCGGCCGCGGCUCCGGCUCCGGCUCCCGGGCAUUUAAAGGGGACGCGGCGGCUGCCCGGGGGUAUGGGGGGCAAGUGGAGGGGACGGCUCAGACGCACAUCGUCCUCAGUCCCUCGGGACUGGAGGGACUCGUGAGCCGGAGCCCAGAAAUCCGGGGGUGGAUAAGACACCGCGUCCCCUCCAAUUCCCGUAAGCACCCCUUGCUCCAUCCAGCGCCCCAAUACCUCAGCUAGCCCCCUUCCCCACUUCUUACACACCAAACUCAGCCGGGACAGACCUCUGCCGCCGCCGCCCCCACCUGCCACCUCCCUGCCCCUGCCCCUAAGAUCCCCUCCCAGAUUGUCCUCCCAGCCAGGCAGUGCCCAGAGGUGACUGCUAGACCCAGACGCCUCACUGGCACCAGGGCGCAGGGCCACCACCGCCAGCUGGUCAGGACCGCAAGCUCUCAGCCCACGGGAGUCUCCAGGGCCAAGGGGGAGCUCCAGCUGCAAUUUUCCCAAGAGGCGCCAGAGACUCCUGAGUUCUAACCUCGGUUCCGAUGCUGUGUGACUCCCAGGAUGUUAGCUUGACCUCUCUGGGCCUCUGUUUUUCCUAUCUGCUGUUCAGGCGUGGAACGUUUGACGACGGCUGGAGGCUAACAGAGUCCCUACAGGUGGUGCCCACGGUAAUGCACCGACAAUGAGUGGCUGUUUUCCAGUUUCUGGCCUUCGCUGCCUAUCUAGGGACGGCGGGAUGGCUGCGCAGGGCGCGCCGCGCUUCCUCCUGACCUUCGACUUCGAUGAGACUAUCGUGGACGAAAACAGCGACGAUUCCAUUGUGCGCGCCGCGCCGGGCCAGCGGCUCCCGGAGAGCCUGCGAGCCACCUACCGCGAGGGCUUCUACAACGAGUACAUGCAGCGCGUCUUCAAGUACCUGGGCGAGCAGGGUGUGCGACCGCGGGACCUGCGUGCCAUCUACGAAGCCAUUCCUUUGUCGCCAGGCAUGGGCGACCUGCUGCAGUUUGUGGCUAAACAGGGCGCCUGCUUCGAGGUGAUUCUCAUCUCCGAUGCCAACACCUUUGGCGUGGAGAGCGCGCUGCGCGCUGCCGGCCACCACAGCCUGUUCCGCCGUAUCCUCAGCAACCCAUCGGGGCCGGAUGCGCGGGGACUGCUGGCUCUGCGGCCGUUCCACACACACAGCUGCACGCGAUGCCCCGCCAACAUGUGCAAGCACAAGGUGCUCAGCGACUACCUGCGCGAGCGGGCCCACGACGGCGUGCACUUCGAGCGCCUCUUCUACGUGGGCGACGGUGCCAAUGACUUCUGCCCCAUGGGGCUGCUGGCGGGCGGCGACGUGGCCUUCCCACGCCGCGGCUACCCCAUGCACCGCCUCAUUCAGGAGGCCCAGAAGGCCGAGCCCAGCUCGUUCCGUGCCAGCGUGGUGCCCUGGGAAACGGCCGCCGACGUGCGCCUCCACCUGCAACAGGUGCUGAAGUCGUGCUGAGUCUGGCCGCCUGCAGGGGGCACCCCGGCCAACGGCGGAGGGGGCGGGGAAGGGGGAUUCGGGAAAGACAAAGUUAGUUUUACUACUCCCUUUUCCCUUUGGCUUUGCUAUAUCCCUCUGGGAAUUUCUGGAAUCUCGUCUUUAGGGGCUUGGGGAAGGGGGCUCAGAGCCGUCCCUAUCUAUGAAGUUAACCCACCUCGGCUGCCUCCCCCGCUCCCUUGCGCACGGUUGAGUUCUGGAGUCUGACCCAUCACGGGGUGGCGCGCAAACCUUGGAAGGCAGCAGUGUUUCCUGGUCCUACCAACUGGGAGGAAGGGGCUCCCUGGCAAGUGAGAGAAGGAACAUCUCCCGCCGCUGUAACUGUUGCCUCGGGCUGCGUGACCGGCCCCCCUCCAGUCUGCUGUGGAGGGAACCCAGGAUCCUGAAAUUCUCCUGGCCGCAAGGACUCCCCACGGACAGAAGAGGGUCUCCACCUAUGGCCCUAGGCCUUUGCGAUCUUGCUUCACCCUACGCGACCCCACACUAUUUCUGUGCUGUCUGCACCCUCUUGCCUCCCGACCCCCGCACUCCUUUCUAGCAACCCCCAACGGAAAAGCCAGAGGGAACAGUCGCCUCCUGGUGGUGGUACGAGGUAGCGCACCGUCUGGCCCGGGUCCUGCCAGCCAAUAACCUCGCAGCGUGUGACGGUGUCUCCUUGCACCCCAGCCUCAUCUAUGCAGCAAGAGACCAGGGACUUCACCAAAGUCACCCUUGCGGGCUGGGCCUUCCACGCAUCCCCCUCCCCACCCCCAUGGAACAGAAAGCCAUGAUGUUUUUAAGCAGAACCAGCGAAACCCAAGCCCCUCCUUCCUCUGGUGUUUUACAACUAUAAAGGAGGUAAAGGGGGAAGAAAUGA